UGGUCACACUGCCAGACAUCUGUUUGCCGGAAUCGGCUUUGUGAUUCAUAUUUUUGGGAGGAAAAGUGCUAAGAAACGGCUUAAAACAUGGCCAAAAACACGUCUAGCAACGCGUUCCGCAAAAUCGAUGUGGACCAGUAUAACGAGGACAACUUCCGGGAGGAUGACGGCGUGGAGAGCGCGGCAGCGGGUCCGGAUGAGAACGAGAUUACGACGCUGCUGACGCAGGGCAAAUCCGUAGAGGCACUCCUGAGUGCCCUGCAAAAUGCUCCACUGCGGUGCAAGAACCAAAAUGUCAAGGACCACGCCCUAAAUAUUACACUGAGGGUGCUGCUGUCCAUCAAGUCGACGCAAAUGGACCAGGCCAUCGAUACCUUGGACCAGAACGAUCUUAUAGACGUGCUUAUGAAGUACAUAUAUCGGGGCUUUGAGAUCCCUUCGGAGGGUUCCAGUGGCCACCUGCUGCAGUGGCACGAGAAGGCCUUCGCAAAGGGAGGAGUGGGAUGCAUCGUGCGGGUGUUGUCCGACACAAACCGCGCCUAAGGAAGAUUACCAUAGCCAAUGGCGGUCAUAGUCACAUAUUUCCUGCUCCCCCAGCCCCAUACACAGAUUCACACGCACCGCGGAGCAUUUAAUCAACGCAGGAAUGGAGCACCGGACACUACAUCCUCAUCUUUGGAUGCCUGGAGAUGCCACAUCCCAGCUGAAAACCCUCUUCUGUUUCUUUGCCGCAAUACAAAUGACGUUUUCCAAAUUAGAUUUUAACUGGUAUCCAAGUAUUAAAGUUUUUAUUACAAAAGGUGA